AUGAUCGAUGAAAGCGAAUUACCAAAAGAAUAUACAACAAAUGAUUUUUCACAAUUUGUUCCCGAACAAUUAAUUUUAGAUCCGAUUUAUGCUCUUGUUGGUUUAACUUCUUUAUUUCAAGUCAAUAAACAAUGUUCUCAUAUUAAAUCUAUACUUGAAGAAGUUGACGUUCAAUUCUUUGACAAUACUGAUGAUUUAGAUCAUUAUACAAAAUCGAUACAACGAAUUCAAUCUUUUGUCAUUUUUAUCGAUCAUCAAUUACCUAUUCCUGAUCGAAACCAACAAGCAAAAUUCAUUUCAUACGAAGAGAAUGACAUGCAUUUUAACGACCUUAUCUAUGAAAUAUUAUAUGAAAUGCGGAUCCAUAAUAAGAGAUCAAAAGAACAUAUUAAAGAUUUAUAUAUGAAUGUAGCUAAUGUCUAUUAUCCUUCAAAAACAUAUAAAACAAAAGUUAAUUUAUAUAAAACAGUAGAUCCUAUUCUUAUUUGA